AUAACCUAUAAAUUAGGUCAUUCAUAAAAAAACAACUCGGUUAAAGUCGAAAAACUAGGUCGUAGAUCUCUAGAUUUGGCGAAAGUAGCUAGUGAAUGUUAUUGGUACCCUAAUUUAAUAUCUAAUACCGUACAGAAUGAUUUUCAGAAAACUUCCUCUAAGGUUGUACACGCAAACCUGCAAAGCUUAUUAUGUCACAAAGGCACCCAAGCCUGAGAUCCCUAAGAACCCAAUGACCGAGGUGUACUCGGCUUCGGCGCAGAAAAGUAAUGGCAUUGUUUACGAUAGGAAGCCGUUUAAGGUUACGCUGCAGGAGGGCAAGACGUACCACUGGUGCCUCUGCGGGCGCUCCAAGUCGCAGCCGCUGUGCGACGGCACCCACAAGGACGUGUAUCUGAAGAUCACACAAAGACCAAUAAGGUUCACAGUUGAGAAGACAAAAGACUACUGGCUGUGCAACUGCAAGCAGACCAAGAACCGGCCGUUCUGCGACGGCACCCACAAGUCCAAAGAAGUACAGGAGGCACACAUUAAAGUUUAGAUGCAGAUAGUUUACUAUAGUCUUGUCAAGCCAUUUUCGUCAGUAAAAAAAAGGAGCAAAUUUAUGUAGGCACAAUGGGUUAUCAUCCCGUAGAAAAUUUUAAUUUUGUGCCUUUACCUACUGAGAAAGUUGUUUGAGAGAGUAUAGUUAGUCAGUAUCAGGCAUUAACAAUGAUUCAUUGGGGUAAAACUGAUAACAACUAAUUUGUACUAUACAAGAACCACUUUAUAUCUUGAUAAUAAUAAUAUAGUCUGUCCAAGCUAACUUUGCACUGACUUAAACAGAACAAAACAAAGUAAUGGAGUGUCAUUAUUAUUAAUGUCAUAUUUUCAUAGUAAUUUGACAUUAAUAAUGAGUAAUGACAUUGCCACACUUUGUCUUUGCAAAUGCUUUGGUCUUACUAUAUUACAAUAUCACUAAGACCACAGUGGGCCAGUGUUUUUCAACCUGUGCAACCCUCUAAACCCUAAAAGGUAGUAAAACCUCUAUAAGUAGUAGUAGUAAUUACUUUAUUUUACAAAUACAGAUUCUCAUCUAAUUUACAGAAAUAGAGUUACAAAGGGGAAACAUAUCCUUAUAAGGGAUCUCUUCCAGCUAACUAAAAAAAAGGUUAGUACAGAAGUAGUGCAUAAUCGUUUUUUCACGGAAAUGUGAAACAUUUAAAGUGUCUUAUUUUCAGUCAGUAUUCGGUACAAAAAGUACUGAAGUUGGCUGAAGUAGCAUGACAAACACAAACGUUUCCGAGAAAAUACGAAGGAAAACAAUUAUGCACUACAUCUAUACCUACUUAACCAUAUCACGCUUGAUUGGCAAGCCAAAGCUUCUUCAGAUUGGCAUUGAGUUCUUAGGCCUCUUCACGUUUUUCUGCCGUAAUAAUACGCGGUAAAUAAACCGCGUCUGGACACGGUUUCCAAUGUUGCAUGGGCUACUAAGUAGGUUUGUACACGACCACGGUUUUAGCACGGCACGGCUACUCCGCCGUGUGCACCGGGGCGGUCAAAUUCGCCGGUGUUGAAUGGCAGUCUCUACAAGCUUGUUGACGGCGCCGGAGGUCUUCACUUUUCAGACCCUCACAACUGAGUAUGUAGUACCUACGUCUUGCCGUUCAUUGUUUUACCGCGUCGACGUGUACAAGCUCGGCACGGUUUGCCACCGCGUCGCUAACACGCCGUGGUCAAAGGUCAAACCGUGUGGAAAAGAGGCCUUACGCAACAGACUGGGACUGUUUGAGCAACGGAACUUGUAAGGGUUUAAUAAAUAAAAAUAAAAAACAAUACAGGUUACAAACAAAAGGUAGGAGUCGGGAAACCUUUUACCAUACAAAGAGAAACCUCCCUUUUAAAAAAGUUUUGUGUUUGCCAAUGUUUUCUUACCAAGAGUGUUGUAAUGUAACAAACAAAAGGUUGAAAAACAAUGCUCACAGAAACAAAUUAAUUUCACUUAUUAUAUUAUAGAGGAUUGAACAAUGAACACUCGCCAUCAGACAUAUGGGAGCGGCCAAGGUGUUCACAAAUAUCUGAACACGCCUCUUUUGUCAAGUCGUUUAUAUUUUUAAGCACCUCGGCCGCUCCGAUAUAUCGGAUGGCGUCGAUGGCGACUAUAAAUGAUAAAAUUAAAAAAAAUGGACAUCAUUUGAGACCAUUCUAGAACUUACUAUGAAUAAAACACCAAAUUUAAACCAAUGUAUCAGAUUACUUGGGGGUUUAUAGACUGAAAUAAAGUAGGAAGGAACAUUGUGUAAUUUUUUUCUCAUACUUUAUUUAUAUACCAUCAACUCUUUUUCAUUUACUUAGCUGUU